UAUAGCUUAUCGUCGUCUUCCAAACUAUCUGAGUAAACCAAAACUUCCUCAGCAAAAAAAAAUUCUGCUCUCUCACUCCUCUCUCAGGCUCCCACGUCUGAGGUCUGAGGGUAAUUCUUGGAGCAGUUGAAGUAAGGCAUUUUGAUUUUGAUUUUUUUUUUGGGAAAUUUCAGUGGAUUUCAAGUCUGGGCUCUCUUACGUUUGAUGGGAACUGCUCUGCAUUUGAGUCUCUUUAUGGUGCUUGUGAGGCAAUGUUCAAGUCGGACUUGAGGACAUGCCAAGAUUAGUUCAAGGAGGUUCAGCAAUAAUUGUUCAACUAUCUGCAAAUCUCAUCAGCAGCUCUGUCAAGUUCACCACAUUUCAAACAGAAUUAAAAAUGGGAAGCGAAGGAGGAGAAAUCCAGCAGAGAAUAAUCAAGCCCAGAUUUCUCUGUCUUCAUGGGUUUAGAACUAAUGGAAAGAUCAUGAAAACCCAGAUUGGGAAGUGGCCCCAAUCGGUUCUAGACAAACUCGAUCUCACUUUUCUCGAUGCCCCUUUUCCUGCCCUUGGAAAAUCUGACGUCGAAGGAAUUUUCGAUCCUCCUUAUUACGAGUGGUUUCAAUUCAACAAGGAAUUUAACGAAUACACCAACUUCGAAGAGUGUCUCAAAUUCAUAGAAGAUUUCAUGGUUGAGAAUGGACCUUUUGAUGGCCUCCUUGGUUUCUCUCAGGGAGCUAUAUUAUCAGCGGGAUUGCCAGGGCUUCAAGCCAAGGGGCUUGCACUGACUAAGGUUCCAAAAUUAAAGGCUUUGAUAAUUAUUGGAGGGGCCAAGUUCAAGUCCACUGAGGUGGCUGAGAAUGCUUAUGCCUCUCCCAUUGACUGUCUCUCUCUCCACUUUCUAGGAGAGCAGGACUUUUUGAAGCCAUAUGGACUUGAGUUGUUGGAAAACUGUUUAGACCCUCUUGUCAUUCACCAUCCCAAGGGCCACACAGUCCCAAGACUUGAUGAUAAGGGCUUGGAGACUAUGGAAAGUUACCUUGAAAGGAUUCAAGAGAUGUUAUCAAAGAAAGACGAAAUAGUUGUGUGAAAAAAGAAACAACAAAAAUUAAGAAUGGUCAUGUUAGUCACUAUUGGUAACCGAUUAAAACUUAAUUAUGUAAAGUAGCUCAGAAAUCUUUAGGGAUGGGCUCAUAUUAUUUUGUAUUUUGUGUAUAUCAUUCACGACUUGUAUUACAGGUCAAGUUUUAAUCUUAUUAAUUAAGAAUUUUAAUAUCUUAA